GUGGAACUCUGGGCCUUGACGUUCGGGUGAAGAGAACCAGCGGUUUAGCUGAGACGCCUCCGGCCGCCGCUACGGGCGUGCGCUUCAGGGGCCGGCGCCUCGUCCCCACUUUUGUGCCUCCCUCGUCCGUCCCGCUCCAGGGGAGGUAUCCAUCCCGAGCCGGAGCCCACCUUUCUACGGAAGCGUCAGCAGCACCAUGGCCGAGUACUCCUACGUCAAGUCCACCAAACUCGUGCUCAAGGGAACCAAGGCCAAGAGUAAGAAGAAAAAGAGCAAAGAGAAGAAGAGAAAAAGAGAAGAUGAUGAAGAAACCCAACUUGAUAUUGUUGGAAUCUGGUGGACAGUAACAAACUUUGGUGAAAUUUCAGGAACCAUAGCUAUUGAAAUGGAUAAAGGAACCUACAUACAUGCACUUGACAAUGGACUUUUUACACUGGGAGCUCCACAUAAAGAAGUGGAUGAAGGCCCUAGUCCUCCGGAGCAGUUUACAGCUGUCAAAUUGUCUGAUUCCAGAAUUGCCCUAAAAUCUGGCUAUGGAAAAUACCUUGGUAUAAAUUCAGAUGGACUUGUUGUUGGGCGUUCAGAUGCGAUUGGACCAAGAGAACAAUGGGAACCAGUCUUUCAAGAUGGGAAAAUGGCUUUAUUGGCCUCAAAUAGCUGCUUUAUCAGAUGCAAUGAAGCAGGCGAUAUAGAAGCAAAAAGUAAAACAGCAGGAGAAGAAGAAAUGAUAAAGAUUAGAUCCUGUGCUGAAAGAGAAACUAAGAAAAAAGAUGACAUCCCAGAGGAAGACAAAGGAAAUGUUAAACAGUGUGAAAUCAAUUACGUAAAGAAAUUUCAGAGCUUCCAAGACCAGAAACUUAAAAUAAGUAAAGAAGACAGUAAAAUUCUUAAAAAGGCCCGGAAAGAUGGAUUUUUGCAUGAAACACUUCUGGACAGGAGAGCCAAAUUGAAAGCUGAUAGAUACUGCAAAUGACAAGGGUUUUUGUCUCUGUCGUUUGUUUGUUUGUUUGUUUUUCUGAAUAAAAUAAUCAGUGGAAGUGUUUUUAUAGAG